AUGGCACCUCCUACCAACCAAGAACUACAAGCCAAGCGUGAAGAGCACUGCAUUGCCAUCACGCCCGAAAGAAAGUACUACAGAUUCGGCCAGACUUGGAUCAAGCGGACGCUGCGGCCGACUGAAUGGCAAAAGCACAACGGGUACAUGCACGUGCCUCUGUUCAACACCGAGCGUGUCCUGAACGAAGGCGCCUGCAUCCAGUAUCUUGCCGAGAACACGAAAAUCCCGCUGCCCAAGCUUCUCGCCUGCUUCGAAGACGACGGCGCCGCGUAUCUCAUCACCGAGUACGUCGAGGGCGUCGGCAUGAACGAGCUGGAUACCGCGCAGCGGGAGGUGGUUGCCAAGGAGGUCCAAGCGCACAUGCAAAGCCUCAAGGCAUUGUCAUCAAAUGUCUGGGGCGGCCCAGGGGGAGUGGUCCUGCCGCCGUAUCGUAUCAUGAGAAAUUCCAACGGCAGGCCGUGGCGAAUGCGGCCGAGAGAGACGCAUGACCUGGUCUUUUGCCACAACGACCUCUCUGCAAACAAUGUUAUUGUCAACCCGGAAACACUCGCCAUCGUGGCCAUUAUUGACUGGGAGUACGCAGGCUUCUACCCACCGGAGUUUGAGUCCAGCUUUUUCCGCCGAUUGGGCAAGUCAAUCGCUUUAGCAGGGGAGGUUGAUGAUGUCAAAGUCUUGACGACUAUCAUGUCCAAGGAGAAGAUGUAG